GUUUGCUCACUUUUACAAAUACAUAGCCACCACAUCUAAAUAUAGUUUGUUGUUGUGUCAAUGGCAUCUAUGAAAUGGAUUAUGAUCCACGUAGCGGUGGUGGUUGUGGGUUUGUGGAGUGGAGUUGGAGUUGCACAGCAAGUACCUUGCUACUUCAUUUUUGGAGACUCUUUGGUGGAUAAUGGGAACAACAACCAGCUCAACUCAUUGGCAAAAGCUAAUUACCUUCCUUAUGGGAUUGACUUCCCUGCUGGCCCAACUGGAAGGUUUUCCAAUGGCAAAACCACUGUUGAUGUUGUCACUGAGCUUUUGGGGUUCAACGGUUACAUACGUCCCUAUGCAAAUGCUAGAGGCCGAGACAUACUUAGCGGAGUCAAUUAUGCUUCUGCAGCUGCUGGAAUUAGAGAGGAAACUGGACAGCAACUGGGAGCCCGUAUCAGUUUUAGAGGGCAGGUGCAAAAUUACCAAAGGACAGUGUCCCAGAUGGUAAAUUUGUUAGGAGAUGAGAACACCACUGCAAAUUACCUGAGCAAGUGCAUUUAUUCAAUUGGAUUGGGUAGCAAUGAUUACCUUAACAACUAUUUCAUGCCUCUAGUCUAUUCCAGCAGCAGGCAAUACACACCACAACAAUAUGCUGAUGUUCUUAUUCAAGCAUACGCUCAACAAAUCAGGAUUCUGUACAACUAUGGGGCAAGAAAAAUGGCCUUAUUUGGUGUUGGUCAAAUAGGUUGUAGCCCUAAUGAAUUGGCCCAAAACAGUCCAGAUGGUAGAACAUGUGUGGCAAGAAUCAAUUCUGCAAACCAAUUAUUCAACAAUGGAUUGAGAUCUCUUGUUGAUCAACUCAACAACCAGCUUCCAAAUGCAAAACUCAUCUAUAUAAACACUUAUGGUAUCUUUCAAGAUAUCAUAAACAGCCCAUCAUCCUUUGGAUUCAGAGUCACAAAUGCUGGUUGCUGUGGGGUAGGAAGGAACAAUGGUCAAAUUACAUGUCUGCCCCUGCAACCCCCAUGCAGAAACAGGAGGGAUUACCUGUUUUGGGAUGCAUUUCAUCCAACUGAAGCUGCCAAUACUGUCAUUGGAAGGAGAGCUUACAAUGCUCAAUCUCCAUCAGAUGCUUACCCUAUUGAUAUCAAUCGCUUAGCUCGGAUCUAAAGAGGAUCUAGUAGUGCCGAUUGUAAUGUUUGUGUGUUCUCUGUUUUUUUUAAUCAGUAGAAAAUAUUAUAGAACAGCGAUGAGAAUUAAACUUCAAGUUUUUAUGCUGUUACUCAAACCUCACCGUGAAACCGGCCUAGUCGUUUAUGUUUGUAACAUCACUUUUGCUUUCAUAUUUUAAAUGUUGUAUUCAUAAGUUCAAGUGUAAUUUGUCAUAAAAGUUUUGGUUUAAGAUUUGCAUUUUGGUAGUCA